AAUCAUCGGGACGAUAAACAAACUCGGGUCGUUAGUGUAUACGGUGCGUUAGUUAGCUGGCGCUGGUUUUAGGUAAAUAAAGCCGCGUGUGAAGCGUGUUUGAAUGGUUAGAAAUCGAGCAUCAACAAAUCGAGUAUUCGCGAGAAGGCUCGUGGCUAGACGAGCACGGUCGACAAUGGCGCCCAAGCCUCGCGAAUAUUGACAUUGCCGAAAACAUUAUCUUCGAAUACAGGGUAUCAUCAUAUCCACGGGUGACAGAUACUGCGUCGCAAUUAAUACUCUAACCUUCUUUUAAUUUGCGAGACGUUUGACGAAGUGAAAUCGCGUGGGAAGUAAAUUUAUUGGUCGUCGAGGUUAUGCGAAAAAAUGUUUUCGGCACGUAUAGUAGCGACGCGUGAACCCUGAAGGGUUUUACAGUUAUACUGCAAUGUGGCACAUUUGCAGAAGCACGGAGGAAGUUGUGUGGGUCUAGAGUAGCGAUAUAAUCUCCGAGGAGAUAUCGUCAGGCCGAUAUAGGAGAGUGUGCGUGAAGAAGGGUCGGGAUUGGAGAUAGACAAGAUGGACCAACAGUAUUGCCUACGGUGGAACAACCAUCCAGCCAACCUCACAGAUGUUCUCAGCUCCUUGCUUGCCAGAGAGGCACUCUGCGACGUAACCCUGGCAUGUGUUGGAGAGACAUUCAAGGCACACCAGACGAUACUCUCUGCAUGCAGUCCAUAUUUUGAGACCAUUUUCCUUCAAAAUACCCAUCCUCAUCCAAUUAUAUUCCUGAAGGAUGUCAAUGACUCGGAAAUGAAGGCUUUACUGCACUUUAUGUAUAAGGGAGAAGUUAACGUUAGUCAGCAUCUGUUGCCGAUGUUCCUUAAGACAGCUGAGGCACUACAGAUUAGAGGCCUCACUGAUAAUAGUGUAAAUAACAAGGCAGAAGAGAAAAGUCCAUCACCAGAACCAGAAACACAAACUGGUAUUAGGCACACUGAAUCGCCUAACCUUCAGCCUCUUGCUGAAAAGAGGAAACGAAAAUCAUCUGGCAGCUAUGACGUUUCCCUUAGUGGUCCACCCAGUGAACGGUUCAUGUCAGACUCUCAGGCAUCAUCACAAUGUAGUUACAAGUCAAGUCCUCCUGUUAUUCCAAAGUCAAACAAUACUAUGGGAGGUGACAUGGAAGAUGGUGGUCGACCUAUGUCCCCUGCAUCACAACCGCAGCCUUCUAUCAAACAAGAGUUAGAUCAUCACUUACCCGACUUCCAUGACAAUAUUUCACUUCCGGGUCAUCCAGUUGGACUGCUAGGAGAGGAAGGAUCAACAACAGGCACGUUAAGUGAUGGCGUGUCAGGAAUUGAAUCGUCCGAACACCAUAAUCCUCCAGAAAUGCUCGACGGACUUGAUGGUACGAUGCCGAGCGUGCCAGUCGGUCUUUCUUAUCACGAGAUGUUCGCCGUGUCGCUCGGCUCGCCGGCGUUGUGGAGAUGCCGUGCCUGCGGUAAGCAGGUGACCAACCGCUGGCACCACUUCCACAUACACACCGCCCAACGGUCCCUCUGCCCGUACUGCCCGGCCACGUACAGCAGGAUCGACACCCUCCGCUCGCACAUACGUUCCAAGCACAGGGAGAUAGCGUUUGCGAAGGGCUCGUUGUAGAGCACGCUGAUUACCCCGCGGAGGAAGCGGCCACCGCCACUUCCACCACCCCGUCUGUUCGAAAAUAGGCCUAUCGCGCCUUUCUUUGGAUUCGGUAUGCUACCCUGACCGAGCCUAGACGCUCGGUAUCGGGCCCCUGUCUACGAGGAGAAUACUUAAAAUCAUUUUAAUUAAUCUUCCAAGCACGUUCUCGAUGUUACAUUUCUUUGACAAUGGUUCCUUUUUCUUUUUAACAUUUCUGAUACGAUAGACGCAUGCAACUACUUUCGUACAACGCGAUGGAUCGUCAUCACAUACAAUUGUAUCAAUUUUUUCUAUGUGACCGUAUAAAUGAUGGUACGGCAAAUUAUAAUUAUUCUACGUACAGACACAACGAUACACGUAAUACUAUUAUUGUUUAACUUGCCGUGAAGAUUCGCAAGGGAUUCACUCGAGAGGUUUUUAAAGUUUUCAAUACUUCGACGUGCACUGGAUCUCGUGGGCGCAUUCGAGGCACGCAAGUACAAAUACGAUAGCGUUAGAGUUGCACGAGUUGCGGGACGGAUGAGAGAUUUUCGCGUGAGGGUGAGUGAUUCAUGCUACUACAAGGAUUCUCGCGUUUCGAGACUUCGAAGCUAACGGCGUGAGAGAUGCUUACAAGGAGGCUUGAAACGUCGGGGUCGUCGAGUGGUUGUCGUAUAGCAGUAUUCGAGUACCAAAUUUAUACUAGUUAACGUUUAGUUUUGUAACGUAGCUGUUGAUGGGACGAAGUGUAAUGUACAUUUGGAGAAUAGAUAUCUUUGAUCGGAUUAGAAGUUUCCCAAAAUAAUCGGGUACGCCGUCUUCUAAUAGAACUCUACAGAUGUAAGUUCGAGAUUUGGCGUCAUCUUGUUUUCAACGUCUUAUUGACAGUGAUAUUACCAUAUUGUUGAUAUUAUUAACUAAACGUUUUCGCACGAAAACAAAACUAAGUACCUGAUUCUUCUAAGUGAGAUUCUUCCAAGUUUAAAUUGUACUUCAUCCUACAACUACAUAAGUCUUUGCUAUUUAUUAUUUCUCCACUUAAAGUUCCACGAGGUAAUCCAGUGAUACAGAACUCUUGAUAAUUCUCGAGAAUUUUGACUUCGAAGCAUUUAAAAUACAACUUCUUGAGAAACUGCAUCGAGCCAGUGCUCUCUACUCGCAGAGUUCCUUGAGAGGCUCUAACCCCUUGACAUUGAAACCUCGAGAAUCAAACGUCGAAAAUCAAAGUUUUUCAGUCGAUCGCGCCAUUCGAGGCUUGGAAGUAGAAUCAAAUAGGUCUGAAUACCAGAUUUUCAAUGAAAGGACAGGGGGUCGUGUUUGUAUAUCAGAUUUUUCUCUCGAGACAGUGGGACUCGUGCUAGGGUCAGUUUCCCGCGAAAGGAAAGACGGUCCGCGGGGUAAAUGCACGCAACGAACGGCCUCUGAUUAAGCGUCGCGUCUCACGCGUUUCGCACAACACACUUCUUCGAUCGCCGUCGCGAAAAGACCGAAAGAAGAGGAGACUGAAUUUCAGUGAAAAACGAAGAGUAAGUAAGUUGAUAAACAGCCGGAAAGAGGGAAAGAGGAGAGACGGAAAAAGUGAAGGAGAAGAAUAUAUGGUGCUAGUGUAACGCUGGCACGGAGUCCGAAUUUUGCGAGGACAAUCGAUCGAUAGUAGCGUUUCGAGACGGUCUCCUCUAGAAGAAAAACCGGUGCGGCAUCGUUACCGAUUCCUGGAUGCUAUCGAUUGUACCUCUUGUGUAAACGAUCGUACAAAGCGCUAGACACCGAAACUCGCUAGGAUUCGUGUAUGUAAAUAGUAACGAAGUUUCUGUAGACAGGCUCGUUCGGACACACGCCGUUCAGCGUGGCCGCACGUAGAACGACCACGGGUUCCCGUGAGUCACCAAUCUUUUCUGUCGUCCCACGAUCUCCCCGCAGCAGCCUCGUUCAUUUCUCUAUUCCUCCUUACGUCGUCCUUCAGGAUCUCUCACCGACUCCUCGGUCAUCUUCGAGUCUUGAGAAUGAAUUCGCUUUCGGGGGCUGCGUUUCGUAAAGAAGGGAGGAGGGAAGCGAAGAAAGCGCGACGAUUCGCGGCGGGAGUACCGGGAAGUCCGGCGAGCUCGAAAACUAUAAAACGGUCUAAUACUUUAUGCAAUGGAAGGCUGAAACACGCGCUGUGAUUAUUGAACACCGAAAAACUCAAAGGGUACUACGAAUCGUAACCGCGGUCCGUAUAAUCGUUGUUACGUGUAUCUUAAUCGUUGUUCGUUUCGUUUUUGGGCCAAGCACGACGCGACGCGACGGCCCGGUCGUUUAAUCGAACCGCGAGCAAAUUUCGCUAGAGAAGAGGAGUUGUCUGUAUUAACUGUCAACAGUAUUUACGUACGUGUGUGCGAUGUCCAUGUGGAAAAUGAGAGAAACGGAGCUGUAAAUAUGAUAAACUCGGAGGGGGCCGGCCACGUUAGAGGCGACGAUCGAUCUCCGGUCCGCGGAUUUAUUUUGCGGCGAACUCCGAAAACAAUUUCGACGGUUCGGUCAGGUUCGACCUCAGACCAUCGCCGCCGCCCUCUCCACCGAUACGUGUAAUUACAUUUCUCUUUGGACCAAUACUCUUCGUCUAUUAAAAUAAUCGUUGUCGAGGCUCGUUAAAAGUACCUAAUUGAUGAAAAAAUGAAAAAAAUCUACACACACAAAGUCUCUCGUCGGUAUUAUAAGGAUAUUCGCGCAUGUGGUUCCUAAGUUAACUCGUGGAGGGUCGAGCUAUACUCGAGUCAAGUCAGCGUGGAAAUUUAUGUAAUACCGUAUAGGGCCGGUAAAUUUAAGCUUAUAUUCUUUCGCGUGUUACCAAUGGUGUGGGAGUUCCGAAAUCGGCAUCUACGCGUCGUGUAGCGUCGGAAUGCAAACGCAUCGCAUCGCUUCAUCGACGUUUCUAGUGGCGUUCGGAGCGGAAGUCGAAAACCUCCUCUGCACCUAGCGUAUUCACAUUGUCAUUUGUACCCAGAUUAUUUUUUCCAAAUCGUGCGAAAUUAUCCUUGAUAAUUAUUUUGAAUAGGCAAAAAGUAGCAAAGUGGAAAUACGCAAUGCUUUCGCUUCGAGGUCCAGGAUUAGCGCUCGACUCAGAGAGAGAGAGAGAGAGAGAGAGAGAGAGAGAGAGAGAGAGAGAGAGAGAGAGAGAGAGAGUUCCCUGCUCGAUGACGCGGCCAGCUGAUCGAGAUAUCGUCCAGAGUCCUGUAUUUUACAAUCACUGUAAAUAAAAAAAUGAAGGAAAAAAAGAAAAAUAUACUCGUGAUCGAGACAAGCUGUCACGCUGGUGACAAAAAUGGAAUCCCGUGUGUGACGCGGCCGUUCGAUCAGUGUGAACGCGUUCAUCGAGUGGAACACCUGCACACGACCAAAAUGGAAGUAGAAUAUAUGUACACGUACAUUCAACAAGCACACAGACACGACACACACAGGAUACACGUUACCUAUAACGCAUAAAUAUAAAUAUGGAUCUAUAUAUAGAUAGAUAGGUAGAUAGAUACGUGUACACAUCCACGUGUCGACGGCCUGGCGUGGCAGAAAUCGCGCGGGUUCCAGCAACGCUGUUUAACUUCGACCGACUUGGUAUCGGCGACGACUCUAGAGAUCGAUAUCACGGUGGCAAGGUGUCGGGAAGUAAAUAUCGUCCGAGAAACUACCGAUAGACGGAUAACCAGGGACUUACACAAACCGAGUGAAGUCUGAGUCUGUUUCUAAAUAGUACAUGCUCAUUGCAUUGAUCUGUGAAAGAGUUUAUACGCUUAUCAUAGACUUUUUUUGUUACAUACGUCUGGGAAAAUUCUAGUGACGCUAAGAAACUACGAGAUAAUUUUAAAUAUUCAUGAUAACCAUGUUGAAUAAUUUCAGACUGUUUCGACGUCUGUCUUGUUUUUAUGGAAAGGCGACUGUCUCAUAAUAUUUAUGCUAGAGCUUUCCGGAUUAAAGUGGAGCUAUUGAAAUCAAAUAUUGAUAUUGGUGUAUGUUAUUAGCAGAUUGCGAGUUAUGUAAUUUCGUGUUGACACGAAGUAAUAUUUCGAUGAUAUGUUUUCUAAUUUUUCGAUGCAUCGAAAAGCAUUGAAAUCGGGUUUUAAAUACACCAAAUACUUAUUGGAACGAAACGAAAAUAGUUAUACCAGUUUUAUUAACAAAACUACGCGACUAAGAAACAAAUUAUUUUCGAAUGCACGUUUAUUAAGAGUCUCGUUUCGUUAGCGUACACGAGCGUGGGAAUCUCUAAAGUUUGCCUUCAGCUUUCUUCCUGCUUAAAAUGAGGCUAAUGGACAUUAAUACUGAUAUCAAUAUUAGACAAUUAAGUGAGCUUUUAAUAUAAUACCGAAGUGAAGAAGUCUUGUUUCAUAUCAUUAUAUUUUACAGUAAAAUGCAAUAGCAUAACCCGACGAAUUCAAUACAUAAUAAGGCUUAAAAUUAUUGUGUUCGGGAUAUGUACCUUACGUCCAAGAAAAAGUAUAUACUUGUAAACUUUAGGGGUCGACGGAUGAAGGAAUUCUACUUUAUUACGAGCAAUUCAUUAGGGGCGCAUUCAUAAAGCCAAUUUACCUUUAUUCACCCCAAUGCAAUGAAAGAAGUUACUUUGUCCCCUCAAAUGAGACUAUUUUAUUAUUAUCCCCAUUUUUUGUUGAAACUUUUCCCGGUAUUUAUUUAUUAAUGGACUCUUAUUAACAGAAUCCAAGAUGUUCACCGUAAAGAAAUCUCUUUCAUCCUCGCAAUGCUUCUUCGUUUCUUUGUUCCGGCUACAUAUUCAUCUAUCUUCAUUUUCUAUAAAGUCUUUUGUUGCUGGUUUCUCCGUCGAAUAGGCUUCGAAUCAAGAUUCCAUUAUUCCAAAAAAUGAAUUAUCCUCGGAUUGUUGCCUCACCAAUUCUUUUCUUCUGAUAUUCUGAUCAUGCAAAUUAAUUAAACCGUUUGAUGUAGGGGAUAAAAGAAUCUUCGAUGAUAUAAAAGCUAAUAAUUCCAUUGUUUGGAAGCUUCAUUCCUUUUUCUCGAUAUUGCGCAAGAAAUAGUAUCGCAUCUGUCAAUUAAAGAGUGACAUUUAAUCGAUUUUCUCGCCAGAACCGAAGAACAAAGAAAGGUCCAACGUCAUGUUCCUUUCAUGACCUGGACGCGAUAACGAAACAGUGUGGCCAGAACUUUCCGACCACUCUUAAAUAUAUCAAAAUGUUAAAUGGCGCGAAGUUUCGCGUUGCCAGGAAUGAUACAUUAUCAUUAUUAUGUCCAAGCGAAUUUAAUAACUUACAAUUUAACAGUCCCUGAGUAUCUUAAUUUCUUACAUUCUCGGACGAGAAAUCAAAUGAAUUUCUUUCGAUAUCGUUCAAUCGAUGAUUUUUGUUCUUCUGCGCUUGAUAUUUUCCGGUAGGAAAUGAACCAGUGAUUUUUGUACUCAGUGUCGCAAUUUCUUCUUUAAUUACUGUGAAUAUAUUUCUUCGAUAAUGAACAAUUAAAUUAUUAUUUGAAAUUUAUCUUAGGAUGUAUUAGGAAGGAUACAUAUGCAUGAGUAGUCUGGAUAUAUACAAUCAGAUUUUUUCUACAUGUUAAGUAAUAUUCAUAAAGUAUUAUUAAGAGUAUUGAUUAAUAGUUUAUGUUUAUGUUAAGGUACGAGGCAAUUUUUCGUACCUCAAGAACGCACAAUUUAAUUUUAAUUUAAUGCUAGAUCUUUACAAACUUUGUUCAUUGUAGAUAUGGAAUUAAUCUAUACCAGAGAGACGUUAAUCAAACAAAGGUGAAAUCAAAAUUAAUGUACAAAUUGCUAAUUUUUGACACGUUUUCCCUCGAACGUGGGAAUUGGUGUGUUAUUUCAAUUUGAAAUUGUUCAUUUUUCUAGUGGAGAGGUUUAGUAGUAUCGACAUCAGGCGUAUUUUGAUUUUCACCAUGGAACGCUAUAACAGAAUUUCGUACUCGUGGUGCACAUGUGACAGGUGCUUUUAGAGAUUCGACGAGUCAGUAUGUAUUUGUAAUACAUUACAUAUAGAAACGUUUUCCAUCGACAUAUCAACGUCUAUGGCUCAGCUACUGUGGCAUCCGUGAACUACUUUAACGCACACUUACAGAACUUCGAUGUACUUAACGUCGUCGAAACGAGUUUUAUUUUUCGUCAAGAAAUAUAGAAUAAUUUUUAAAACAUUUAUUGUAUCUACUAGUAGAUAUUUAAGAAAAAUGACCUAUUUUUUUAAUGAUUUACACUAGAUUUUACUUACGCGUUCAAAUGAUGUGAUCCCAUCCGAACUUUGAUUUAUCGUGUCUCGAAUCAUUGUGAUAAAAUAUUUUACGAACCAGUCAGAAAAAAAUGUUUAUGAGACUUAUAGACCAUGCUUAAUCGAGUGCAAUAUAUACUUGUUUUAAAUGAACAUUAUUUUACUUCUUGUUAAACUUCAUGUUUCACGUUUACUGUCGAAUAUAAGAAGACGGAAAACACAAAGAAAAAGUUUUCGUGAAGGUUACGAGCUGACAACGUGCAAAACAUUUAGGGUCUCAUAAAUCAAGUUCUGCCCCUAGCGCUGAUCUGACCAGACUUCACCUUUUUUUUAAGACUCAUCGGCGUUGCAUUUUAUCCCGUUUCUUUACGGCGCGCCCUUACGACGCCUUCUCCUGAUUCCUUUGCGGAUUUAGCAUCAGCACCUUUGCUUUCAACAAUACCUUACUUAAAUAUUCUGGCCUGUACAUAUCCAUAAAUCUAUAGAUUUUGUAACAGAUGACUGGAGAGAUGACUUUACACAUUCUCAGGUGUAAUAGCUUCCCUUCCUAUGAAUGAUAUUCUGUUAUUUCAGAUUCAUUUUAUGUCUCAUGAAAUACACUAUCAGGCACCAUUAUGUAUAUAACAUAUAUAUAUGUAGGUAUAUUUUUUCUUUUAUAAUGAAUGAUCUAGAUUCUAGGUAAAUGCUAUUCCUUUUUGAAUUGUUGAAACCAAGAAUAAUGGACUACCGCUGAUAGAAGCUUUACCAUAUUUCAAUUCGUUUUAGCGGCCCGUACUAUUAGUCUGUUAAGUUCGCAAACGUGCUACCAGUAAGCCAAAUACUCUGACAGAGAUAGUAUAUUUGAAGCAAAGCUGAAAAAUUGAGAAUUCGAUUUUAUCAGCUUCUCAAUUAAUUGUUAAGGAUAUGAUUUCUGGUAAAGGAAAUGAAAAAGCGACACCCGCGCGAUUAGAAGCAACGAAGUGGGAGUUAAUUUUAUGAAAUUUCUCACGACAGGCCGUCGUCAUUCGACCGAAUUAUUGCCCUCGAUACCAAAUGUUCCUUAAGUUGUUUCGUGAAUACUUUCUUGUAAAUAAUAACCGUGAACUGUAAAGCGUAUGCGAUUCUCCUGGAGGCACACGUUGCGACGCAGCGCGAAGGCAUACGAAUGCGAGUGUGCAUGUAUAUGCGUGCGGGUGCGAGAAUGGAAAAAAGAGAAGAAAUGUGAGUGAGCGAGAUUGAAUUAUAAAAAAUUGUGAUAAUGUGUCCGGAGAACAGAAGUCGGGUCUGCUGCUCCCGCGAGAAAUCAGAUCUCGCGGUGUCCUGCUCAUUGUCGUCCGCUGAUAAAUUGCGAAUUCUAAGAGGCCCACGUGCGAACGGAUUCGAUUCUCGAACUCGCGGAUCCGACACGUUCUCGUCGCGACAGCAAAAAGGCCGGGAAAAUUUCAUUGCACCACAACUCUAUGUAAUUGUAUAAAUAUCAUCGGUAUCAGAAGUGUCAAUAUCUCGUGUUUCUCGAUGGUACUUAAGAUAAAUCCGCGGCCCACUCGGGCUGUUGGCUGUUUGUUGAUAAUACAUACUUCCGUAAGAUCCGGGGGUUGAUGUCUGCGCAAACCGCGAACUCCGCUAUCCGAAACGAUUUCAGAAAUGAAUCCCAUUUCGAAGUAAACUCCGACUACAUACGAUAGUGCAAUUCAUUUUACUUUGAAAUUAAACAUUUUUGUUAGAUCUUUACAAUUUUUAAAUCCAGCAGUAUUGAAUAUUUGAUGCGUCAACAAGACUUAGAAAUAUUUGUCGUUUUAAUAUCUUACAGCAUUUAGAUACUUGUAGUGACUUUCUAUGAAGUAGAGUAUUUUUUUUACAGUAGAGCAAUAUUCAUAUUGAGAAGCUUUCAAUUUUUAAUUGAUUUCCCUAGUCAUUUAUGUUAUACAUCUAUUUUUAUCUGCACUAUCAGUAUAUUACUUAUCCUUUACUUAUUCAUCAUCGAUUUAUUUAAUGACACGAAAGACAGAACAAGGAAUUUAGUAAAAUGAAGUGACGCGAGCUCGCGGAUCUGUCGCGAGCAAUUUCGACCCCCGGUGAAAUCGUACUUUUCUCGUGGCACGUUCCUUCCUUUUUUGGCCCGACCUGCGACACGAGCCGAAAACAAAAACAAACAAACAAAUGAACUUUUUUGUACAUAAAUCCCCGCGUUUCGCGGCCACCACGACCCGGAACAGGUAAAGAGAGAAAACGAUAGUUAGAAAUAAAAAGGCGCUCCGCGUGGUCGCAAGUCCUGGGCCGACCUUGCGUAUAAACCGAUUGCUCGUUUAUAUGCGAUGUAUUUUUGUGAACAGUAUUGAAAGUGCUGCUACAGCUGUACAGUCGUCAUAUGGUGAAUAUAUUAUGAUGUACCUAUAAUGUACAUAGAUAUAUUUAAUUAAAGUGACUAUGAAUUUGUGUA